AUGGCAUCUAAAGCCUUGACCCGAGAGACGACAACUGGCGCUGCGCUGGAGCAGGUCCAGGGAGCCAUCCAGAGCCCAGCGACAGAGGUUGUUCCCAAGCCGCCUUCUGACCUCGAGGAACUCAAGGCUGAUUGUGAUUCAUUCACUUUCACAUCAUUCACUACAGAGGAUGCUUUUGUGCUGGGCAACCUUCUCUACGCCCGUCUUUACCCAUACGCUGUCAAAGGCAAGCCGACGGUGAUCUCAAUUGCCCUUGCAAAUACCUCCCAGGUUGUCUUCCAAACCGUUACCGGACCUGGCACAGCUCCCGACAACGAGCAAUGGGUUCGCCGUAAGAGGAACACUGUUCUCCGAUUCGGCAAUAGCACAUGGUUCAUGCACAACAAGUUCAAGGGGGACGAGGUUGCUUUCGCUGCCAAAUAUGGUAUUGCAGAUUCAAACAAGGGUGACUACGCAAUCCACGGUGGAGCUAUCCCGAUUCGUGUCCAGGGAGUUGAAGGGAUCGUUGCUGUUGUCGUGGUGAGCGGGCUGAAGCAAGACGAGGACCAUGGAGUUAUUGCCGAUGUUAUCAAGAGUAAUUGGAGCUGUUAG